AUGAGGGGUGGCACGGUUCAGAUUAGCUGGCACGAGAGCAAACCAGUCUUAUCCCUCGAUUUCCACCCUCUCUCCGCUACUCUAGCCACCGCCGGCGCCGAUUUCGACAUCAAGUUUUGGUCGAUACAACCCGCGGGGACGCAGAAGAAGGUUCCCGUAGUUUCCUAUCUUAGUGCCCUCUCUUACCAUACCUCUCCAGUGAAUGUUAUUCGCUUCUCUUCUUCCGGGGAAUUGCUGGCUUCUGGUGCUGAUGGAGGGGAACUGAUAAUAUGGACACUACAUUGUGCCGAUACUGGUCAGACAUGGAAGUUUCUCAAGGUGUUACGAUCUCAUCUGAAGGACAUUUUGGACCUUCAGUGGUCCACCGAUGCCACGUAUAUCAUAUCUGGAUCUGUUGAUAAUUGUUGCAUUAUAUGGGAUGUUGACAAAGGAACUAGCAUUCAGAAGUUGGAAGCUCAUGCGCACUAUGUUCAGGGGGUUGCAUGGGACCCUCUAGGGAAAUAUAUUUCUUCUCUUAGUUCUGAUAGGACCUGCAGAAUUUACAUGAAUAAACCUUUUAAAUCAAAGGGCAUUGAGAAAAUCCAUUAUGUAUGUCAACAAAUCAUUUCCAAGGCAGAUCAGCCAUUAUUAAAAGAUUCCGAGGAGACAAAAUGUCAUCUCUUCAAUGACGAGACAAUGCCAUCUUUCUUCAGAAGAUUAGCAUGGUCUCCCGAUGGUUCAUUUUUACUUGUGCCUGCAGGCUCUUACAAAAUUAAUACUGCAUCUGAGUCCGUGAAUGCGGCUUACAUAAUUUCUAGAAAAGAUCUUUCUAGGCCCGCAAUACAGCUCCCCUGUGCAAAUAAAGCCGUCGUAGCUGUUCGGUUCUGUCCCAUAAUUUUUAAACUUCAGGGAACUCAGUCACUCAACUCAGCUGGGUUAUUCAAGCUCCCGUAUCGCAUCAUAUUUGCUGUUGCCACUUUGAACUCACUGUACAUUUAUGACACCGAGAGCACCUCUCCGUUAGCUAUAUUAGCCGGUCUUCACUAUGCCUCAAUAACGGAUAUUACCUGGUCAUCUGAUGCUCAUUAUUUGGCAUUGUCAUCACAAGAUGGUUUCUGCUCAUUGGUGGAGUUUGAAAAUGACGAACUUGGAUCACCUUAUGCUUUAUCUGAAGGAAAAGUCUCGAAGGAGGAUAGUAAGAGUACUGUACCGACAGCCGAUGACAAUGUCACUGUACCAAAUGGGAAUAUUAGUGCAGUUCUAGCAGAGAGCAAGAAAAUGGAAUUAGAAGGGAAGGCUGAUGACAUGGUCACUGAAGCAUAUGUGAAUAUAGGUGGUGCAAUAACAGAACAAAAGAGCACUGUAACACAAGAGAAACCUGACAUCAUGGAAUUUGAGGCAACUGGGAACGUUGAAGGGGAUAGAGCUGAUAGUAGGAAAAAUGGUGCAGAAGAGAAAUCAACGGAAGCGACAGCAACUCUGCAAUCACGUUUGGACGGUAUAAAAUCAGGGGCAGAAGAAAAGGGAGGGCAACGAUUGUCCAGUUCGAAGAGUUCAAACUUCUCAAAUAAGCCAGCCAAGAAGCAUAAUGUUCGGGAAUGUACGGAGGUAACUGCACCAGCAGAUACUCAUGUCGCCAGCCAUAGAGAUCUGGAAAAUACCAUUGAUGCGGACAGCUGUAUUAGCUGA